GUGAAGCGGAGGCUAGACCUGGAAAUUGACCAUCAGUACCUGGCUGAGAGCAGUGGGCCAGUCUGGGGCAGAAGCCGCCACGUGGGAAAAGGUGUGAAAUCCCCGGGGGAGAAGUCACGCUAUGAGACAUCGCUGAAUCUGACCACCAAGCGUUUCCUGGAGCUGCUGAGCCGCUCAGCUGAUGGCGUUGUUGACCUAAACUGGGCAGCUGAGGUGCUGAAGGUGCAGAAACGGCGCAUCUAUGAUAUCACCAACGUCCUGGAGGGCAUCCAGCUCAUUGCCAAGAAGUCCAAGAACCACAUCCAAUGGCUGGGCAGCCAGACCACAGUGGGGAUCAGCGGGCGGCUUGAAGGGCUGACCCAGGACCUCCGGCAGCUGCAAGAGAGCGAGCAGCAGCUGGACCACCUAAUGCACAUCUGCACCACACAGCUGCAGCUGCUCUCCGAGGACUCUGACAGCCAGCGCCUGGCCUAUGUGACCUGUCAGGACCUUCGGAGCAUCGCAGACCCUGCGGAGCAGAUGGUCAUGGUGAUCAAAGCCCCUCCAGAGACCCAGCUCCAAGCCGUGGACUCUUCAGAGACCUUUCAGAUCUCCCUUAAGAGCAAACAAGGCCCCAUUGAUGUCUUCCUGUGCCCUGAGGAGAGUCCUGCAGAGACCCCACCCCAGGAGGCAGCUUCUGGGGAGGAGGACAGGACAAGCGAUGCUGUCACCCCAGUGCAACCAUCGUCAUCUCCCCCCUCAUCCCCUGCCACGGAUCCCAGCCAGUCCCUGCUGGGCCUGGAGCAAGAGCCACUGCUGUCACGGAUGAGUGGCCUACGGGCUCCUGUGGAUGAGGACCACCUGUCCCCGCUGGUCGCUGCCGACUCGCUCCUGGAGCAUGUGCGGGAGGACUUUCCUGGGCUCCUUCCUGAGGAGUUCAUCAGUCUCUCCCCACCCCACGAGGCCCUUGACUAUCAUUUUGGCCUUGAGGAGGGUGAGGGCAUCAGAGACCUCUUUGAUUGUGACUUUGGGGACCUGACACCCCUGGAUUUCUGACUGGCCCGUAGGGUCUCCUGAGAUGCCCACCCUGUCUCUGCAGCCCUGGAGACCCCUGCCCCAGGUCUUCCUUCUAACCCGAUUGGAAAAGUGUAAUUAUAUUCGUUUUCCUUUCUCCAGUAGCUUCUAGCUCUGGGGGCUGGCUGCUGUCCAGAGGUCAAGGAAGCCAGGGAGGGAAAGACUUGUGUUUGCGGUGUGUACGUGCAUGCACCCAGCAUCCCACAUGUGUGUACCCAGGGGGUGUGGUGUGAGCAUGUAUGCACGCAUGUUCCGGGGAAUGAAGGUGAACACGUCUGCGUGCACUGCAGACACGCCCUGGUGUGUCCACGUGUGUGCGUGAGUUCGUGUGUGUGCAUGGGGGGCUCUGACUGCACUUUCGGUUUCCUUGCUCCAGGGGCCCAGUGGCGCCCAGGGCUGCUGCCUGCCCCAAGUCCUGAGCAUUGACCAGGCCAGGUGGGGAGGCCUGGGCUGGCUAGGCAUGCAGGACAGUGAGAGCACUUCUGUCUUAAAAGUUUUUCUGAUUGAAGCUUUAACAGAGCGUUAUUUAUUUAUCAAGGCUUCUUUGGCAAGCCUGGGGAGCAAAAGGUGGGAGGAGUGUGGGGCUGAGACCCCAACUCCCUAUACCCCUGAACAAGGGCAGGGGUCCCUCAGCUGUUCUUUUGCCUGACCCCAAAGAAGCUAAUGCCUGACUGAUUUAUUUAUUGGGAAAGGGAGGAAGGGAGACAGACUGACAGCCAUGGGCAGAUGGAGGGGUUGUCCCUUUCCAGAGGGUCAUUUCAGGGCCCCAGCUGCCCCAGGAUGGACUUGAGAUGGGAGAGCUGAGUGAGGACCUUCACGGACAGGGUGGGAAGCAGGGGCAGGUGAAGGGCUCCCCCAGCCCAGACUGAGGGGCCCCUCCUGUGGUAUUUGAAGCCCCCCUAACUUGUUGCUCUGCCCUACCCUCCAAUCUGCACUUUGAUUUGUCUCCUAACAGCUCUGUUCCUCCUGCUUUGGUUUUAAUAAAUAUUUUGAAGAUGUUUA